ACUCCGCCCCUCGCUGAAAGACACGGGCCGAACACCAUUUCAGGACAAUGACAUCCUGCUACUCUGCAACUUUAACAAGUGCAUUCUAGCUUACCGACAACUCUAUUUGUUGUAAAUUCACAAACGCAAAGAUUUGGCUAUAUGUGACAGUAUUUCAUCUGGAUUCAGGAGUAUUUUACCUAUUUCCGAUAACCACCACUAGAUAUUACAGCUUUGAAAACACCCCCGCUGAGACAAGAUGUAUCUUUAAUACGCUUCCUGAUUUGAACUGCCAUUUCCUCAACGUUCACCUGCUGCAAGACAGAUGAUCGACAGUGAUGUCUCAGUGCCUGACACAGGAAUGCAAGUUAGGACAGGCUGCAAGGUGACCAGGACUUCGUAUCCUCUGAGUGACAGUGUUAUCUGCUCUGGUGCCCCCAAUUCCUUCCACGACUUGCAUUGUCAUAAGAAUGGACCAAGAAUAUGAGCGAAGGCUACUUCGACAAACACAUUUCCAAAAUGUCUCUGAGAAUAUGCUUUCCCCAUCUGCCUUGAGCACACGACCAGUAACCUCAAAUUCGCCAGGAAUCCUUCCUCGUAAGACAGGAGACCGUUUCAUCCCAACCAGAGCAAGUUCAAACUGGAGCAUCAACUUUCAUGCUAUAAAUGAAAAUGGGAAGUCUCCCAACCAGAAUCGAAAAACGAAGGAAGCAAACUCUGAUAGUGGGAAAGACGGUGUAGCAUAUGCUGCCUUAUUGAAGAAUGAACUAUUGGGAGCAGGCAUUGAGAAAGUGAGCGAUCCUCAGACUGAAGAUCGGAGAUUCCAGAUGCCAAUGCAGGAGCAAAGGAAUUUAUUCAGAUAUGCCUUGAGCACAAAGAGGUCCACUACUGAAAGUGGAAAUGAGAUUUCUCCAUAUUCAUUGUCCCCCGUAAGCAAUAAAAGUCAAAAGUUGUUGAGGUCGCCACGGAAACCAACAAGAAAAAUUUCAAAGAUUCCUUUUAAAGUUCUGGAUGCUCCAGAACUGCAGGAUGAUUUUUACCUCAAUCUAGUGGAUUGGUCAGCAGCAAAUGUUCUAAGCGUUGGUCUUGGUGCUUGUGUUUACUUGUGGAGUGCGUGUACCAGUCAGGUCACAAGGCUGUGUGAUCUCUCCAUUGAUGGUGACUCUGUUACAUCUGUUUGUUGGAAUGAGAGGGGGAAUUUUGUAGCCGUGGGUACCCAUAAAGGAUAUGUGCAGAUCUGGGAUGCAGCAGCUGGGAAGAAACUGAGCUCUCUUGAUGGACAUUCCGCUAGAGUUGGGGCUUUGGCCUGGAAUGCUGAUCAACUCUCGUCAGGAAGUCGGGACCGUCUCAUUCUACAGAGAGAUGUGAGAACACCCCCACUUCAGAUGGAACGGCGAUUACAGGGCCACAGGCAGGAAGUCUGUGGUUUAAAGUGGUCUCCUGAUCACCAGCACUUAGCUUCAGGGGGCAACGAUAACAAGCUCUUUGUAUGGAAUAAUUCCAGUUUGAGCCCAGUCCAGCAAUACACAGAACAUUUAGCAGCUGUAAAGGCCAUUGCCUGGUCCCCUCAUCAGCACGGCCUUCUGGCAUCAGGAGGGGGCACUGCAGAUCGCUGCAUCCGUUUCUGGAACACACUGACAUGCCAGCCUCUGCAGUGUGUCGACACAGGCUCUCAAGUCUGCAAUCUUGCCUGGUCUAAGCAUGCAAAUGAACUGGUUAGUACACAUGGCUAUUCGCAGAAUCAGAUUUUAGUGUGGAAGUACCCAUCCUUAACACAGGUUGCCAAACUGACAGGGCAUUCAUAUAGAGUGCUUUACCUGGCCAUAUCACCUGAUGGAGAGGCAAUAGUGACAGGAGCAGGUGAUGAAACUCUACGGUUUUGGAAUGUUUUCAGUAAAACUCGUUCAACUAAGGAAUCCAAAUCUGUCCUUAACCUUUUUACAAGGAUACGGUAAAACUGCCAAGAAGAACAGGUGUUUCUUAUGAAACGGAUUCCCUCAAUACAAUCAGCAGUAAAGUUCAUCAGAACAAACAUAACCUCCUCUUCACUGUUUUUGUUCAAGUGGUCAAUGCACUUUCAUUUACUAAGUUUUGAGAUUAAUUGGACAGAAGACUGUUGGGACAUUACUAAUUCAUCUCAACACCAAGAUGGAUGAAAGAAAUGCAAAAGGAGUGUGGAGUAAAAGGAGAAAGUUCACUUUAUAUGUAUCUAUUGUACAAUAUGUACAGAAGCUAUUUAUUGGACUGAGGAUGACCUUUGAUGCUGUCUUAAUGUUUGCAUGGAACUGGAGUGUGGGAAUAGAUCCAGAAGUCCUCCUAAGUCUUUUAUAGAAAAAAAAACAUGAAAAGUAUUUACAUAGUGUGUCUUGGAUAUCUGAAAAGGAAGGUACUUUUUUUUUUAGAAAUUAUCCACCCCCAUUCUAUGGAAUCAUUUCAGUAUUUGCUUCUAGAGCUGAGAAGUUUAAAUUUCUGUAAUUUACCUUGCACUUAUGAAACUUGUUCAUUGAGAAAAGUCAUUACAAAUGGGAGCCAUAAUUAAAAUUCAUAUUUAACAGGAAAGUUUUAAUUUUCAUUUAUUAAAUACUCACUGGUUCAUUGAACAGAAUUGGCAAUUUGUAGCUGGCUGUAGUUGAGACUGAAUCAGGGUGUUGGUUCACUUUUACACAGGUUUCACUGUGUUACUGAAGAAAUUCAUUAGAACCAUUGUUUACAUUAUAUGCAUCCGACAGUUAGGUUGACUUGUAUACAAACUGCUCUUCUAACCCGCACACUCAUUCACCAUGCUAUAAAUUGGCACAGAUAAAUAUCUCGUUCUUUUCCCUUUUUAAGUGAACCAUGCAACCCAGUAUGAGGUGUUGGAAGAAAGCCAAAGUUGUGUUUUAAAACAAAAUUGGUAUUGUUCCACGACAUUCUCUGCCUAUGGAGGGUGUGUGUUCACAUUUUCAUGCGGAAAAAAAUUAUCUUCAUCUCAGUACCAAAUGGUCUACUGUAUAUUAUUAAGCUGUGAUCCAUGGUCUCAGUCACCAGCAAUUACCACAUCUGGUCCUCCCAGAAUUUUAUACUUUUUGGAGAUCAAAUCAUAACUGCAGGGGAUGCACUGAACAUGCAGGAGCACUGCCAGUGAUGCUACAGAUAGCUGUUUACACUAGCUGUAUCAUCUUAUUUCUUUGAACUUGAUACUCCUUUAGGUUGUUUUUAGCAAUUUAAAAGGCAAUCUACGUUACAUCCAACAGUUCUCUGUCCCUAACAUAGUGUACUUCUUAGUGCUUCAGAUGUUCUUAGUUCAGCAUUGAAAAUAAUGCCAUUUUGAUUAGGUACCAGCUUUUCUGCAAAUGCCAGCCUAUGGGAUAAGCACAGAAGCCAUCUAAAGAAUAAAUGCAAUACUGGGUAUAAGUAGAGUGUUACUGUACAUUUGUAAUUUAGUUCCUGUGCUCCAAGCUCUCUUGCCAGCUAAUCUGAAAUUAAGCCAGUCUGUUCAAGCUAUGCAU